AUGGCUUCGGGUACUCUUACGAUGCAAGCUGAAGGUAUAGAGGAGGUUCCACAUAGUCCAAUAUCUUAUGUAACUGGACAGUGCUUUCUGGGUAGUAACUAUUUUUUUAAUGUUUCUAGGGAUUUUCUUCCACGAGGUUCUGGAAUUGUAACAAGACGACCGUUAGUCCUGCAACUCAUCACUGCCAAAACAGAGUAUGCUGAAUUUCUACACUGCAAAGGGAGGAAAUUUACUGAUUUUGAUGAAGUUCGUCAGGAAAUUGAAGUAGAAACAGAUAGAAUAACAGGAGUGAACAAAGGCAUUUCUUCAAUUCCUAUUAAUUUAAGAAUAUAUUCUCCACAUGUAUUAAGCCUGACUCUCAUUGAUUUGCCGGGAAUCACUAAAGUGCCAGUAGGGGAUCAGCCUGCAGAUAUUGAGCAGCAGAUCAGAGACAUGAUAAUGCAGUUCAUCUCUCGAGAAAACUGCCUGAUACUGGCUGUGACUCCAGCUAACACUGAUCUGGCCAACUCGGAUGCACUGAAGUUAGCUAAGGAAGUGGACCCUCAAGGCCUUAGGACCAUCGGUGUGAUCACAAAAUUGGAUCUGAUGGAUGAAGGAACAGAUGCAAGAGAAAUUCUAGAAAACAAACUACUCCCUCUUCGUAGAGGUUAUAUUGGUGUUGUAAACAGAAGCCAGAAAGACAUUGAUGGGAAGAAGGACAUAAAGGCAGCUCUUCUAGCAGAAAGGAAAUUCUUUCUUUCCCACCCAGCAUAUAGGCACAUGGCAGAUCGGAUGGGAACACCGUAUCUCCAAAAAGUUCUAAACCAGCAACUUACCAAUCAUAUUCGGGAUACCCUGCCAGCCUUCAGAAGCAAACUGCAGAGCCAGCUGCUUUCUAUAGAACAUGAAGUAGAGGUAUACAAAAACUUCAGACCAGAAGAUCCAACCAGAAAAACGAAAGCUUUGUUGCAGAUGGUACAACAGUUUUCAGUGGACUUUGAAAAAAGAAUCGAAGGAUCAGGAGAUCAGGUUGACACGCUAGAACUUUCAGGAGGUGCCAAAAUCAAUCGUAUUUUCCAUGAACGUUUUCCUUUUGAACUAGUGAAGAUGGAAUUCAAUGAGAAGGAACUGCGGAGAGAAAUAAGUUAUGCCAUCAAGAACAUACAUGGUAUCAGAACAGGUUUGUUUACUCCAGAUAUGGCAUUUGAAGCCAUUGUUAAAAAACAGAUAGUCAAGCUGAAAGGACCUUGCUUAAAAAGUGUGGAUCUAGUGAUGCAAGAGUUAAUCAACACUGUCAAGAAGUGCACUAAAAAGUUGGCAACAUAUCCAAGGUUGUGUGAGGAAACAGAAAGAAUUGUUGCCGGCUACAUUCGUGAAAGAGAAGAGAAGACCAAGGAUCAGGUGCUGCUGCUGAUUGAUAUCCAGGUUUCUUACAUUAACACCAACCAUGAAGACUUCAUUGGCUUCGCAAAUGCCCAACAAAGAAGCAGUCAGGUUAACAAAAGUGCAGUGGGAAAUCAGGGAACCAAUCUACCGCCUUCAAGGCAAAUUGUCAUCCGGAAAGGCUGGCUGACCAUCAACAAUAUUGGCAUCAUGAAAGGAGGAUCCAAGGAGUACUGGUUCGUUCUAACUGCAGAAAGCUUGUCCUGGUAUAAAGAUGAUGAGGAAAAAGAGAAGAAGUAUAUGCUUCCUUUGGACAACUUGAAAGUGCGAGAUGUUGAAAAGAGCUUCAUGUCUAGCAAACAUAUCUUUGGAUUGUUUAACACGGAGCAGAGGAAUGUUUACAAGGAUUACCGUUUCCUUGAGCUAGCCUGCGACUCCCAGGAGGAGGUGGAUAGCUGGAAGGCAUCUCUGCUACGAGCCGGUGUCUAUCCUGAUAAAUCCUCAGGGAACAACAGAACUGAAAAUGAUGAGAAUGGUCAAGCAGACAAUUUUUCAAUGGACCCCCAGCUGGAAAGACAGGUGGAGACAAUUCGAAAUCUUGUGGACUCCUACAUGUCUAUUAUCAACAAAUGUAUCCGAGAUUUGAUACCGAAAACAAUCAUGCAUCUUAUGAUCAAUAAUGUAAAAGAAUUUAUCAACGCAGAGCUCCUGGCUCACUUGUAUUCUUCUGAGGACCAAAACACUCUAAUGGAGGAGUCGGCUGAACAGGCGCAGAGGCGAGAUGAAAUGCUCCGCAUGUACCAAGCACUAAAGGAAGCCCUAGCAAUCAUUGGUGAUAUUAGCACUAGCACUGUCUCAACCCCUGCACCCCCUCCUGUAGAUGACUCUUGGCUUCAGCAGGCCCGCAGGUCACCUCCUCCAAGUCCCUCAACUCAGAGGAGGCCUACAUUAAACAAUCCCCCAACCAGACCUUUAUCUGGCCGAGGACCUGCUCCUGCAAUCCCAUCUCCAGGCCCUCAGUCGGGGGCUCCCCCGGUCCCGUUCCGCCCAGGACCACUGCCCCCGUUUCCGAGUGGUGGUGAAGCCCUUGGAGGACCUCCCCAGGUUCCCUCUCGGCCAACCCGGGCUCCUCCCAGCGUCCCAAGUAUGCACAUAGGGGUUCACAGAGAGCGAGAGGUAGUCUACCCCUCCACCAGAAGAGGGACAGGGAUUCAUGAAGGCUUUCCCAACGAAGCACUGGAGAUCGUUACUCACUUUGCCAUUAAAACAUACGUGACCCUGCGUGAUGUGGAAUCCUGGGACCUGGUUAAACAGGGGUCUUGA